AACAAAAAGUCGGUCGUUCUGCUGGAGCAGCACAAAGCGGGUAGAGGCGGCCGCGGAUCCGGACGAGGCUCUUAUUUCUGACCUUAACCGAUUAAGUAGUCGCUCUACGGGAGCAGCAGGUAAACAACAACCGAGCGGUAUGUGUCUCUAAAGGUCGACGGUGAAGGAAAACCAUCGGUUUCUGCUGCCGAGGUUUUCUGACAGGUGCGUGUGGUGAGGUGUGCUGUGGGGGGGCAGCGGGAGGGACAGAGAGCCGAGCGGGUGAUUAAACAAUGAGGGAGGAAUGGACGCAGACCGCCUGCUGCUGCUGCUGGAAGCGGAUCUCUGGGUGACUUUGAGUCCUAAACAUGAAGCGUCCGGCUCUGGCGAUGCUGACCGUGGCCUCCCUCCUGCACGGUGUGACAGCCUCCAGAUGUGCCGGACGUGCCUGCAGCCCUCCAGUUGGUAACUUGGCCAGUGGCAGGACCCUCAGGACCCUCCACAUGCGCACGUCCAACGAUUCCUUCCUGGAGGAGCCCCAUCCCCCUGCCCUGAUGGUGGACGACCCCUUCCUACACCCCAGUACCUGGUGGGCUUCUGGGGCAGCAGCAGGGGGAGAGGACGAGAUCCGCUUGGACCUGGAGGCCCGUUUCUGCCUGACCCAUGUGGUGAUGGUGUUCCGCUCGCCCCGCCCGGCAGCCAUGAGCCUGGAGCGCUCGCGGGACUUUGGACGCACCUGGGAGACGUUGAAGCUGUUCGCCGAAAACUGCAGCUCCACGUUCGGAUCGGCCGACGACGCAAGCCAGCAAGGGGCGAUCUGCACGUCCAGGUACUCCAGCGCCACGCCCUGCGACGGAGGAGAGGUUAUAUUCCGGUCGUUGGGUCAGGCCGGCAGGAUGGAUGACCCCUACAGCCCUGAAGCUUUGUCCUUACUGACCCUCACUAACCUGCGCAUACGCCUCAUGAGGCCUCACCACUGUCCUACCUCGCUGGGCACCUCUAGAAGCCACCACAGUCCUCGCAGCCGUGGGUUCUCCCCCACCGUACCCAGUCAGUCACCGCGCAGCCCCACGCAACCGGCCCGAUCUGCCUCGUACGCCGUCUACUCGCUCCUGGCACGAGGGACCUGCCUGUGCCACGGCCACGCAGAGCACUGCCUGUCUACUGGAGAAGGACGGGACACGCAGGACAACAGCCCUGUGGUGCAGGGCAGGUGUGUUUGCACUCACCACACAGCAGGUGCUCACUGCGAGAGGUGCGCCCCGCUUUACAACGACCAGCCCUGGAGAGCAGCCAACGGCAGCAGCGGGGAGCCAAACCCCUGUCAGAAGUGUGAAUGUCAUGGCCACGCACAGAACUGUCACUUCUCCGAGAGGGUGUGGCGCUCCACAGGGCGCAUCAGCGGAGGGGUCUGUGAUAACUGCCAGCACAACACGGUGGGCCGCAAGUGCCAGCGCUGCCGCCCAGGGUACCACCGCCACCCAGCCAGACCCCUUAACUCUCCACAGGCCUGCACACGAUGCUGGUGUGACCCAGUUGGAUCUGUUCCAGCCCUGACCAGCACAGAGGGUCCCUGGUGCCACCCCAGAAGUGGGCAGUGCCACUGUAAGCCUGGGGUCGGGGGCACCAGCUGCAGUCACUGUCUUCCCGGACACUGGGGAUUUGGGCCAGAUGGCUGCAGGCCCUGUGUGUGCCCUCUGACCUGUGACCACAUCACAGGGCACUGCUUAGACAGCAAAGCCCGUGGCGAGUUUUACAACGUUCCCAUUGGAGGUAAAAUCCCAGACCUGACCCACUUUCGUCCACACGAGGAGGACAAGGUGUGGUCUAAAGAGCUGGCUGUCUCUGCUCUGUAUUACACAGGGAAAUGCAGCUGCAAAGAGAGGAAGCUGAAGGGUGUGUCCGACCUGUGUAAGAUGAAACAUUCUUAUGUGAUGAAGGCCAGCGUGCUGUCGGCUCAUGAUAAAGGCACCCACGCGGUGGUGCAGGUGAAGGUGAGGAAGGUGCUGCGCUCGGGCCUCCUGCCUCUCUCUCAGGGCACACGCAGUCUGUACCCGCUGCCCUGGACCAGCCGUGGCUGCACCUGCCCCGUCCUUAACCCAGGAGGUGACUACUUGCUGGCGGGCCCAGAAGACGUAGAAUCGGGACGGCUGCUGGUCACCAUGCAGAGUCUGGUGGUGCCAUGGACAUCCACACUCGGAUUUCUGGUCUCGGAAGCUGUACGGCAGGGAUGCUUGUGAGAAUGCUUUUUACCAUGCAACAUGGACAUUAAUGCACCCUUGGAUAUACCCCAUCAUGCAGAACUCCGAAUGUGGAGGAUGUGGGCAGUAUGAACAAGCAUAUAUUGGAGGUGGAAAGCUGCCUGGAAGUGCAGCAGUAGAUCCCUGAAAGGGAUUUAUAUUUGGAUUUGUACUUACCACCUUCUGUCCUUGCCUGCUUUCAAGGUUUCCACUGUUCAGCCUUUUGGAUCUGAGUAUAUUUUAAUACCCCUGCUCAAACGCAGUUGGCUGCGUCCACUCCUGCACAUAGACAGUGUGUGCUGGGUGGCCAUGGGCGUUUGAUGUUACUGCAUUUCAUACGAGUGGAGAGAUGGAGAGGAAGUAGCAUCCAGAGCUCCAGAUGGGGACUCGAGUUAGUGGCAUAUUGCUACAAAACCCCAGGUGGUUGCUAAGGUGUUGCAGUGUCAUCCCAGGUGGUUGCUAAGAUGCUGCUCUGCUAGACCAUUGCUGUGGAAUCCCAGGUGGUGGCUAAGGUGUUCCUAGGCUGUUGCUAUAGUAUCCAGGGGGCUGGUACGGUGUUGCUAGGCCAUUGCUACAUUAUCCCAGGUGAUUGCUAAAGUGUAAUGUAAUGACAUUUGAAUAGUAUAGCAAAACAACAGUAAUGUCUCAAGACUCUUAAGUGUUGGAAGAGAUCUAAACUAGUCAAAUGAGGUGGAGACACCUGUAAAAACUACAGCCCAUGAUGGAGUCAGCCAAAUAAACUGUGCUGUGCUGUGCUGUCACCUCACAUAGGACCAGACAGUAAAUACAGUAAGCAAACAGAUAACAUAGUAACUAUAGCUAUACUGGGAUGUAUUCACAGACCCAUCAGACAUACAUAUGUGAGCCAUAUAUUGUGCAUAUAUGUCCAGUAUUUGAUACUUACAUGUCCAUUGAUCAGGCAUAACAUUAUGACCACCUCCUUGUUUCUAUGCUCAUUGUCCAUUUUAUCAGCUCCACUUAUUGUAUAGGUGCACUUUUUAGUUCUGCACCACCCAAAUAGUACCUGCU